AUGUCGAUCAACGCAGUCUUUGGCUCUCCUCCCUCGGGCAUUGAUCUCAGCGACAACCUCACUCCUCGCAACAAUGCCACUGUCAUUGCCGUCUAUAUCCUGGCUGUGUGCCUGGUCGCUCUGCGCUUUGUGGCGCGAAUAAAGGCGCAGGGCUCGACGAUUGCCACGGACGACUGGCUCAUCGUGGGUGCGGUGGUUUCAGUAACCGCCAAUGUGGUCUGUACAAUAGAGGCCGGCCAGCAUGGCCAGGGAAAACACGUCUGGUCGCUCACGCUGCAGGAUGUCAGCGACAUGAUGAAGGUCCUCUAUGCCAACGUCCUCCUCUACGUCGUCACCGUCCCUCUCACCAAGCUGUCUAUCAUCUUCUUCUACCGUCGCAUCUUUGGCAUGCACUGGAUCCUCUGGGUCUGCUUCUUCCUGACCACCGGCUACUGGUUUUCCUGCACCAUCACCUUUCUCGUCGCAUGCACGCCCCCAUCCUACUACUGGUCACAGUAUCUCGAUCCCACGGGCGGGAAAUGCCGCUUUCCCUUCUAUCCGUUCUACGUCGGCAAUGCAGCAGCCAAUGUGGUGACGGAUGGCAUCAUCCUGAUUGUUCCCAUUCGCGUCGUCUGGCAGUUGCAGAUGCGCACAGCGCAAAAGUGGAUGGUCACGGGCAUCUUUCUUCUGGGUGGAUUCGUCGUCAUUGCCAGCAUCAUCCGCAUCUACUACAUGACCUUUUUGAAAAGCUCCCUCGACAUCACCUGGAUCAUGGGCAGUGUCUUUGUCUGGUCCAGCAUCGAGCCCUGCAUCGGCAUCGUCUGUGCCUGUCUGCCCACUCUGCAGCCUCUCCUGCGCCACGCCCUGACGUACAUCGUCAAUUCCACCAGAUCCAAACGCAGCAACGCAGCAGGCGAAUCGAGUGGAAAGAGGCCAUCCGGUCCAUCUGCAUCCGAAGGAGUCGACUCCGUCCCAAACAUGGAUAGAAAUCACCGCAAAGGGAGAAGGAUCCAACAUCCGCUCUGGCGAGACGUCGAUGAAGCCGGACUGACGACCAGCUCGACGUUUGUGGAAAUGGACAGUCUAGGACGCAAUGCCAGCAGCGAUGGUGAGGGAAGCGAAGGCUCUCAGAUGGGGAUCAGAGUCAAAAGUGAUUUCCACUGGACUGAAGAGCAUCCCCAGCAUGUAUAA